CGUAGGGCUGUCGGCCGGUGAGGGGACGGGCAGCUGCAUCUAGAGGGUGGCGCGGGAACCUGAGGCCUUGCAGCCAUGUCUGAGCUCAGCGAUGAAGCCAGCGAGCCGGAGCUCCUCAACUGCAGCUUGUCCAUGUGGUAUGGGCUUGGUGCACAGGUCAGCCGAGAGGAGCUGGAUGUCCCCUUGGAUCUUCACACAGCUGCCUCCAUUGGCCAGUAUGAGGUGGUGAAGGAAUGUGUGCAGCGGAGAGAGUUAGAUUUGAAUAAGAAGAAUGGUGGUGGUUGGACCCCGCUGAUGUAUGCCUCCUACAUUGGACACGAUACCAUUGUCCACCUGCUGCUCGAGGCAGGGGUGAGUGUGAAUGUGCCGACCCCGGAAGGGCAGACUCCACUGAUGCUGGCCUCCAGCUGUGGCAACGAGAGCAUCGCCUACUUUCUGCUCCAGCAAGGUGCAGAGCUUGAAAUGAAAGACAUCCAGGGCUGGACUGCACUCUUCCACUGCACCAGUGCCGGCCACCAGCAGAUGGUCAAGUUCCUCCUGGACAGUGGAGCCAAUGCCAACGUGAGGGAGCCUGUAUAUGGAUUCACUCCUUUGAUGGAAGCAGCUGCCUCUGGCCAUGAGAUAAUUGUGCAGUAUUUUCUGAAUCAUGGAGCCAAAGCAGACAUGAGAGACCACAGUGGAGCCACGGCCCAGACGCUGGCCAGGCGGUAUGGGCACAUGAAGAUAGCGGCCUUGAUGGACACUCACUCACCUGCACUGCCUAAGAGCCUUUACCGGAGCCCAGAAAAAUAUGAAGAUCUGAGCUCAUCAGACGAGUCCUGGCCUGUUCCUCAGCGCCAGAGGCCCUGUCGAAAGAAGGGCCUCAGCAUCCACGAGGGCCCACGUGCCCUGGCCAGGAUCACAGCUAUUGGACUUGGAGGCAAGAUCCAGACCAACUAUGAGCAAGUUCCUCCACUGGGAUAUGUGACCUUUACCAGCAGUGAUGAGAAUACCCUGGAAGUUGAGGGCCUCUGCUACCGAGAUGUCACCUCCCCCAUUAAUGAGCAGGAUGUGGAGAGCAGCAGCAGCAGCAGCCGGGAGGAACCCACUUUCUGUGCCAGUCUUGGACCCGUGUGGAGGAGCAGCAGCAGUGAUGGCCUGGCAAGAGCCCAGGGGCUCAGCAGCGAAGCCUCCAUAGAAAGCAAUGAGGAUUCUGAUCAUACCCGCAAAAGCUCGGUUCGCAAACAAACCAAGAGUUAUUUGAAGAGCAAGAGUCGUUACAGCAACAGUGAUAGUCAGUGGCCUUCCAGCACAGGGACUGCAUGUACCCCAGGAUCUGACCCCCAAGCUGAGAAGUCCUCCUACUCAGGACCUCAGGACCUUGCCACACUGCUGGAACAGAUUGGGUGUCUGAAGUACCUGCAAGUGUUUGAGGAGCAGGAUGUGGACCUUCGCAUCUUCCUGACCCUCACUGAAAGUGACCUGAAGGAAAUUGGCAUCACGUUGUUUGGGCCUAAAAGGAAGAUGACCUCUGCCAUUGCCCGCUGGCACAGCAGUGCCCGCCCUCCUGGGGAUGCACUAGAGCUGGCCUAUGCUGACCGGCUAGAGGCUGAGAUGCAGGAGCUCGCCAUCCAGCUGCACAAAUGCUGUGAGGAGGCAGAGGCUCUCCGUGGCCAGGUGUCCCAAGAGCAGGAAUUGCGGGCUGUAGUAGAGAGCUGCCUCCUGGAGCAGGAUAGUGCCCGAAAGGACAUCCAUGCCCAGCUGCAGGAGGCCCAGACCCUGGCCAAGGAUGCUGCCCUUGUGCUGGACCAGCUGCGGGCCUGUCAGGCUGAGCUGUCAGCUCGAGUGAGGCAAGACCAGUGCCCCAGCGAAGCUGUCCUAAGGCCACCCUUUCUCUCAGCAGAUUCCAAAGGCUGGCCUAUUCCCCUGCAGGCCUUGAGUCUCCCUGAGCUGUCAGGGGCCCUGGAAAACUGUGUCAAUGAGAUGGGCACUAUGCUCUGUAACACAGAGCCUGGAGAAGCUACAGACGCUGAAUGGGAAGAAAUGGCGGGAACCGUAGCCAGGAGGGAUGGUGAGAGUACCCACAAGCCCAUGGGCACCCUGGACCACCUAACUUUCCUGUCCCUUCUUACCAGGCUUUUCUAAAAUUUUCUUUUCUUCAGAUUCUGACGUUGGGUGAUGGAUCCACCCUGAAGUGACAUGUGCCAUGCAAGACAGGGCAGUGAGCAGAUGGCUGCAGCAGCCCAGGGGAUGGAAAGCCAGCCCAGGGAGCAGCUUGUGGACAGGCAGGAGGACAGGACUUCAGUCCCUGCCAGGGCAGCUGGGGCCAGCCCUGAGGCAGGAUGAAAGGCCUGGCACCCGGAUAAGCGGGUAGGCAGCUCUGGCCUAGACAGGACUGUGUGACAUGCAGAUGCCACACUGAGGCUUGUUUGGUCUGAAGGUGAGGUCUGGGGUACCUAGAAAAUGUUGUCAGUUGGAGAAUAAAAUUACUUGCAAGUUGGA